AAGAACACGACAGGGAGGGGAGAUGGCCGGUAUUUUCGGGAAGAUCUUCGUGGGUAUUUAUGUGGAGAUAAAACGGAGCGACGGACGAAUACACCAGGCGAUGGUCACGUCCCUGCACGAGGACAAUGAUAGUGUGACAGUGGAGUGGAUCGAGAACGGAGACACCAAAGGGAAAGAGAUUGAUCUGGAGAGCGUCUUUGCUCUGAAUCCAGAUGUUGCUCCUGACGAGGAGAUACCACAGAGUCCUGAAACUCCUCUUCCUCCCUCCAAUGUUGCUAAAACCAGCAAACUCCCCAAGACAAGACGGACUACAGCAAUACCGAAGGCUGAGAACGCUCCACGGGAGAACAGAGCUGCAGCAGUGGGAACCACCCGGGCCCGUCCCAGCCAGCACAGCCAAGCUGCAGAGCCGCCUCCACCAGCCAUCGCUCCCCAGUCUGCACUCAACCAGUCCCUGUUACAGCAGCAGAACGCACGGAAGAAAUCCAACUGUGUGAAGGAAGUUGAGAAACUGCAGGAGAAACGAGAGAAGAGGCGACUUCAGCAACAGGAGCUCAGAGAGAAGAGGGCACAAGAGGUGGAUGUCAACUUACCAAACUAUGAAAUCAUGUGUAUGAUCAGAGACUUCAGAGCCAGUCUGGACUACAGGCCUUUAACCAGUAAUGAUCUGAUCGAGGAGCACAGGAUAUGUGUAUGUGUUCGUGCACGUCCCCUCAAUAAAAAAGAGUUGUCAAUGAAGGAUUUGGAUGUGAUCACCAUUCCCAGUAAGGACGUGGUGAUGGUCCAUGAGCCCAAGCAGAAAGUCGACCUGACCCGCUACUUGGAGAACCAAACUUUCCGAUUUGACUACGCCUUCGAUGAGAACUCCACCAAUGAAAUGGUUUAUAGGUUUACUGCUCAGCCGCUGGUUGAGACCAUUUUUGAGAGAGGUAUGGCGACCUGCUUUGCGUACGGACAAACUGGAAGUGGAAAAACACAUACGAUGGGAGGGGACUUUUCAGGAAAGAACCAGGACUGCUCUAAAGGGAUCUAUGCACUGUCUGCCAGAGAUGUCUUUCUCAUGAUAAAGAAGCCAAACUACAAGAAGCUGGAUCUCCAAAUCUUUGCCACAUUUUUUGAGAUUUACAGCGGGAAGGUGUUUGACCUGCUAAACCGCAAAGCCAAGUUACGUGUCCUGGAGGACGGCAAGCAGCAGGUCCAGGUGGUGGGGCUGCAGGAGAGGGAGGUGAAAUGCACAGAGGACGUCCUCAAACUCAUCGAAGUGGGAAACAGCUGCAGGACUUCUGGUCAGACCUCGGCGAACGCUCACUCCUCUCGGAGCCACGCUGUGUUCCAGAUCAUUCUGCGUCGGCGGGGGAAGAUGCACGGAAAGUUCUCCCUUAUCGACCUGGCGGGGAAUGAGAGAGGGGCAGACACAUCCAGCGCUGACCGUCAGACUCGCCUCGAAGGAGCUGAGAUCAACAAGAGCCUGCUGGCACUAAAGGAGUGCAUUCGAGCUCUGGGCCGAAACAAACCUCACACUCCCUUUAGAGCCAGCAAGUUAACCCAAGUGCUGAGGGACUCCUUCAUAGGAGAAAACUCAAGGACAUGCAUGAUUGCAACCAUCUCUCCUGGAAUGGCAUCUUGUGAAAACACCUUAAACACGCUGCGAUAUGCCAACAGAGUAAAGGAGUUUGGGAUAAGUCCCUCAGACAUUCCCUUCUCCCAGAGCGGAGGCGGAGGGAGUCGCUCUGAGCUCUCCCCUACUUACGAGGUGAAGGAGCUCUCUGUGGACCCUGCAGCGGCGAUCGACAGCCGUCAGGGAGGACACAUCAACCAGCUGGAGGUGCUGGAGGCUCAGUGGGGAGUCGGGAGCUCUCCCCAGAGAGACGACCUGAAGCUGCUCUGUGAACAGAACGAGGAAGAGGUCUCCCCGCAGCUUUUCACUUUCCAUGAAGCCGUCUCUCAACUUGUGGAGAUGGAGGAGCAGGUACUGGAGGACCACAGGGCGGUUUUCCAGGUACAGUAGAGCCUUUAUUUUAAUAGUGG